AUGAUUGCAAAAAAGAGCAGAGAAGAAAGCUCUGGUGAAGGAAGUGGUGUGGAAAUUAUUGUUAAUGAGCCCUAUGAAGAUGGUCCUGGUGGCAAAGGUCAGUACACUCAAAAAAUCUAUCAUGUUGGAAGCCAUUUACCUGGCUGGUUUAAAAGUUUACUUCCAAAGUCAGCCUUAACUGUUUCUGAAGAAGCUUGGAAUGCAUAUCCAUAUACAAAAACACGAUAUACAUGUCCAUUUGUUGAAAAAUUUUCUCUUGAAAUUGAGACUUAUUAUUUUGCUGAUAAUGGUCAUCAGGAAAAUGUGUUUAAACUAACCGGCAGUGAUUUAAAAAACAGAAUUGUUGAUGUUAUAGAUGUUGUUAAAGAUCAGCUUUAUGGUGCUGAUUAUAUAAAGGAGGAGGACCCAAAACUUUUUGUUUCCGAAAAAUGUAAAAGAGGCCCUUUAUCUGAAACGUGGUUAGAAGAUUAUUGGAAAGAAGUUCAGGGCAAACCUCAACCAUUACCAAAUGGAAAAUCUCUCAUGUGUGCUUAUAAACUCUGCAAAGUUGAAUUUCGAUAUUGGGGUAUGCAAACAAAAUUAGAAAAAUUUAUUCACGAUGUUGCAUUAAGAAAAACUAUGCUUAGAGCUCAUCGCCAAGCAUGGGCUUGGCAGGAUGAAUGGUAUGGGCUAACUAUGGAAGAUAUUAGGGAAAUAGAAAGACAAACACAAUUAGCCUUACAAAAGAAAAUGGGAGGCGAAACAAGUGAUGAGCAAGAUAUUUCAGAGGAAAAUUCAAAAUCACUUGCUGCUACAAUGAGUAGUUUAGAAAAAAAUGAAGACGUAGCAACUCCAUUGACUACCAAAAAGACUAGUGUUGAAAAACGAAUUUCAAAAAAUUUGACACCAGAAAGUACCCCACCCUCAGAACAAAAGAGUUCCUUAAGAAGUCAUUUACGAUCAUCAUCUUCUGGAUCUAUAAAAAGUCUGCAAGCACAAGUAGCUAAUUGGCGUAUGGAAACUCUUGUGAGGGAAUCAGAAACAGAAACAGGUUCAGAAGAUGAAUUUUAUGACUGUGAAUCCUCUUUUAACAAAUGGUCUUCUAUGUGUUCUCUUGAUGAAGCUGAAAUUGAUAUAUCACCAACUCAGGGAGAUCAUAAUCAAGAAGACAGUAUCUUCAAUCCAUCGUUUUUAAAGCGAGUCACCUCCGAAAGAGGUUCGCGUCGCAUGAUUACUCUGCAAAGUCAUCAAAGUAUUGAUGGUUGUUCGGAAGCACCGGUUCACAGUUCAUGCCCAACUACUGUGUUAAUACUCGUUUUUCAUGCAGGUAGUGUUCUUGAUGCUAAUAAUGACAUGACAGCAAAGAAAUCUGAUGUGACAACAUUUAAGGGUGCAUUUGAAUCUGUAAUGCGACAACAUUAUCCUACAUUAGUGGGUCAUAUUGCAAUAAAAUUAGUAUCGUGUCCAUCUAUUUGCACAGAAGCCCUUGGCGUCUUGUCAACAUUAAGCCCUUAUAGUUUCGAUUGUUCGCCAUCAACUAUGGAAACACCUUCUCUAACAAAUGAUCUUAUACCUAUUGGUGCUAUUCCGUUAAUAGCAACAAGCUCUCCUGAAUAUAUUGACUCUGUAACAAAAACCAUUAUUUCGGCCAAUACAAUUUUCAAUGAAUUUCUAAAAUCUGAUGACGGUAAAGGAUUUAAUGGUCAAGUUUGUAUAGUCGGUGACAGCAUGGGUUCUGUAUUAGCUUAUGAUGCGCUUUGUCGUACAGUGCAGUAUCAAUCCCGUCAUGAUAGUGAAAACAGUAUUCUCAAUACAGAAAUAAUUAUACCAAAUGAACCCACUGAAAAUUACUUAAGCAAAUCUCACUUACAAGCUCCAACUCCUCGGAGGCGAUCAUCAUCAACAAGUGACAAUCAAGCAAAACUAGAGUUUGAAGUGACCGACUUUUUUACGUUCGGUAGUCCACUUUCGCUUAUAUUAGCAUCAAGAAGAAUUGCUGACGAUAAAUUGAGAGAUAUUAUGAAACCACCUACACAACAAGUUUAUAAUUUAUUUCAUCCAACGGAUCCAGUUGGUUCUAGAUUAGAGCCACUUUUGUCUGCUCGAUUUACGGAUCUACCACCUAUAAACGUCGCCAGAUACGCUAAGUAUCCGCUCGGGAAUGGCCAACCUUACCAUUUGAUGGAACUUAUACAAAGUCACCCUCAAUUAUUUGGUGAUCAUUUACAAAUGCCUCCGACACCAAUAUUACGUAGACUUUCAGAAGCUUCAGUUCAGAGUACUGUCAGCGGCUUAGUUGAUAAUAUACCAUUAAUCACAAUGAACGCUUUACAACACAAGUGGUGGGGAACAAAGAGAUUAGACUAUGCAUUAUACUGUCCCGAGGGUUUAUCUAAUUUUCCUACUAAUGCCUUACCACACCUAUUUCAUGCUAGUUACUGGGAAAGUUCAGAUGUAAUUGCUUUUAUUCUAAGACAAGUUGGUCAUUUUGAUCUAGCGAUCUAUGGACAUGUUGAAGACAAAGACAGUACAAUGUUCAAACCUGGCCAAGAAAGAGAAAAAUGGAUUAAAAAGCGUACGUCGGUUAAAUUAAAAAAUGUUGCAGCCAAUCAUAGAGCUAACGAUAUAAUAGUAAAAGAAGGUUGCCCGCAAACCUUUACGGCGAGAUUCAUGUACGGGCCAUUAGAUAUGAUAACUCUCACAGGAGAGAAAGUUGAUAUACACAUGAUGAAAGAUCCUCCAGCAGGUGAAUGGACAUUAUUAUCAACAGUGGUGACGGAUAAAACUGGAAGAAUAACGUACACGUUAACAGAGAAACAAAGUGUUGGGUGUGGUAUAUAUCCAGUAAGAGUUGUGGUAAGAGGAGAUCAUACUAGUUGUAACUUCCAUUUAGCUGUAGUGCCACCACAAACUGAAUGUGUAGUGUUCAGCAUUGACGGUUCCUUUACAGCAAGCGUUUCGGUGACUGGCAGAGACCCUAAAGUGAGAGCGGGUGCAGUUGACGUAGUCCGUUUCUGGCAGGAUCUUGGCUAUCUAAUUCUUUACAUAACAGGGCGACCCGAUAUGCAGCAAAGAAAAGUAGUAUCAUGGUUGGCCGAACAUAAUUUUCCGCAUGGGUUGGUCUUUUUUUCUGAUGGAUUUUCGACAGAUCCUUUAGGACAUAAGGCUGCACAUCUAAAUAGCCUUAUAAAUGAUCACGGUAUUAUUCUUCAGGCUGCUUAUGGAUCUGGAAAAGACAUAAGUGUAUACCAUAACUGCGGACUUACUGCCAAGCAAGUGUAUGCAAUUGGUCGCAUUAGUAAAAAGUAUUGUAACAUGGCGACCACUUUAAGCGAUGGCUACGCAUCCCAUCUAGCCGAUUUAAAGCAACCGGGCGCUGUCCGGCCAGCUAGAGGCAACGCUCGUUUACUUGUACCGCGACGAUUAUUGGUUCCAGUUAGUAGUUCUUCUGCUACAAGAAAUCGUCGUUAA